AUGCACUUCUCCGCUAUUGCUGCCGCCUCUGCCCUCGCUGUCCUCUCCCAGGUUCAGUACGCCCCUGCUCCCUUCGUGGCAGGUCUUGGAGCUGCCCUCGGUAUGGAGGCUGCUGCCAUUACUGCAGCUGAUGGAACCCUCGCCACUCUCGGUGGUGGUGCCAUUGCCGGCGGAGUUGGCCACAUCAGCCGCCGUCUGAGCCGAUCUCCCUUCGUUUCCAAGCGUGUGGACCUCCCCCCUGGUGUCUCCCAGGAGUCCUUCGAUCAGUGUCAGGAUCAGCUCAAGGGUGAUGGUGUCCACGUCACGAUCUCCGGAUCGACUCCCGACAGGUGUUCCCCCGCCUGCAUGAACCUUGCUACCGUCCUCACCGGUAACCCUACCCAGGAGGGAGGCCCUGUCCCCACCCCUAUGGGCUCUGACAGCCUCGACUACAGCGGCGUUUCUGAGGACGACCUCCGCCAGCUCGGUCAGACCCUUCAGGACAAGGGUGUUGCUCUGCCCAAGGCCAACUAA